AUGGGCCCCCCCGGCCCGGCCACGCGGCUCUUGCCCCCCCUCGUUCUGGCGCUCGCAGGGGUCGCCCGGGGCACCUUCACGGUGGCGGCCUGGCCGCGGGUGGCCGUGGUGGCCUUCGGGGGCUCGGUGACCGUCAACUGCAGCCGCAGCGCCUGCCCGGGGGACAACGCCACGCUGGGGCUCGAGGCCGCCCUGCCCGCGACCCCCGGGCCCGGGGGGCUCCGCUGGCAAAGCUUCCGGCUCCACAACGUGUCCCGCUGGAGCCCCGGCCCCGUCACCUGCUCCGGCCGCUGCGGCGCCGCCGAGGCCAACGCCAGCGCCGGCGUCCUCGUCUACCAGCUGCCGGAGCGGGUGGAGCUGGAGCCGGUGCCGGCGGCGGCCGUGGGGGACAGCCGGAACCUGACGUGCCGCGUGCGGGAGGUGGCCCCGCUGCAGAACCUGACGGUGACGCUGCGGCGCGGGGCCGAAACGCUGCGCACCGAGAGCUUCGGCCACGCCGAGGGCAGCGCCAGCGUGGCCGUGAGCCACCUGCUGACCGUCACCCGCGGCGACCACGGCCAGGACGUCACCUGCCACGCCGAGCUGUCCCUGCGGCCGCACGGGCCCCUGUUCGCCCGCGCCGCUGUCCCCGUCACGCUCUCGGUGUUCGCUCUCCCGGAGCCCCCCCAGCUCCAGGCCCCCGCCAUCCUCGAGGCCGGCGCCGUGGCCAACGCCAGCUGCCGCAUCAGCGGCGCCUUCCCGGCCGGCGACGUCCGUGUCACGGCCGCGCUGGACCAGGAGCCGCUGAACGUCACGGCGGCGGUGGCCGGGGACACGGUGACGGCCAGCACGGCGCUGUCCCCGCGCAGCCCCGGCCCGCGGGAGCUGAGCUGCACGGCCGCGGUGGCCACGACGGCGCGGACGGCGCGGAGGCAGCUCCACGUUUACCGAUUCCCCGCGCCCGCCCUGGAGCUGAGCCCGGCCCCGGCCGCGGCGGGCAGCGAGGUGACGGUGACGUGCCACGCCGGGGCCACCGAGCCGCCCGAGGCGCGGCUGCAGCUCCGCGACGCGGACGGCGGGGUCCUGGCCGAGGGCCCGCAGCCCCGGCUGCAGCUCCGGCUGCUGGCCCGGCGCGACGACGACGGCCGCGAGUUCCGGUGCCGGGCCCGCCUGGCGGUGGGCGGCAGCGUGGUGACCAAGGACGCGGCCGCGCGGCUGGCGGUGCUGUAUCUUCCCGAAAUCCCGGCCAGCGGCUGCCCCGGUAACCGCACGUGGGUGCGGGGGAGCCGGGAAGCGCUGUCCUGCCGCGCCACCGGCAACCCCGAGCCCACCGUGGUGUGCGGCCGCGACGGCGUCGCCGUGGCCACCGGCGAGCCCGAGCCGGUGACCCGGUCCCGCGCGGGGACCUACGUGUGCAACGCCACCAACGCGCUGGGGACGCGCAGCCGCCGCGUCACCGUCCGCGUGGAGUAUGAGCCCACGAUGUCCGAGUCGGGGUGUCCGGCACGCCGCGUCUGGGUGGAGGGACAGCGGCGGGAGCUGGAGUGUCGCGCCGACGGGGACCCCCCGCCCAGCACGCGCUGUGCCCGCGACAGCGGCCCCCGAGACGGCGGCACUCGAGAUGGUGGCACUGGAGACGGUGGCACUCGGGAUGGUGGCACUCGGGAUGGUGGCAUUCACCACGGUGUCCCCCGAGACGGUGGCAGCCACCACGGCGGGGCCGCCCGCGGCCGCGUGGUCACCCGGGCCGAUGGCGGCCGCUACGUGUGCAGGGCCAGCAACAGGCACGGGGUGGCCGUGCGGAGCGUCCUUGUCACCGUGGAGUGUGAGUGUGACACCGGCGAGGGGACACCGGGAGCCGUGCCGGGAUGGAUGGGAUGA